AUGCUUUCAGGUGUAAAACACUUAUUAGCCCCAUUCAUAUCCAACUAUGGCGAGAUAAUUUUAGUGGAUGAGCUAGAAGAUCUCGCCAUAAGUUUGAGUAUGACCGCUCAAAGAGAUGAUUGGUAUGAAUUGAUACCUCAACAGGUUGAGCUCUCAUCACCAUCAGCUAGUAAGCGCAAAACCACCAGCUCUUCACCGCAGCAUCCGACAAAGGAAGCCAGAACAUCAUCCAGUUGUCACGGAUCACAAGUUUCAGAUUUCUCCACACUAGAACAAGAUGCCAUUACAUCCGAUGGUGGAGUAUUCACGCCCUCACCAAACUUUGUCAAUGGUGUCAUGGGCAGGACACAGUACAGAGACGACAAUGACAAUCAUGUAGAAAGAAAUGACAAUUUGAAAGAUACUUCUUUGGAGUUAUCAGAUAGUAGUGACUCAGUACAGAAGACAGAUGCUCAUGAAUUCUUUUCAGCUGUGGAACUGGAUGCACAAAAAACAAGAGUAGAGCAAUAUCCAUUUGUAGAUGAUGACGAUUUUGUAAGCAGCAGUGAAAUUGAUAUCCCACUGCCAACAUCAGAGGAUGAAUAUCUAAGUAGCAGUCACCAAGCUAUCAAAGAGGUUGGCACUGAUCUGCAGAAUCCCAGUGCAUUACAAAAAGCCAUAGCAAAUAUUUCGCAGGAUUUUGUCAGUGGAAAUUUGACUGCUUCAAUAUCAAAUCUGCCACUGGACAGUAGCUUCUCUUCAUUAACAAGUCAAGGGAACGAUUCAACUGCAAGCAGUACCAAUAGCAGCCCUAGAAGGAUACCAAAAGGAAAAUCAAAAUCUGUUUCAUCUAAAAACAAAGACAAUAAAAGGAAGCUAUUGAAUGGAUAUACUGCAUCUAGUGACAAAUCCUCCUCUGUGUUAAAUUCAAAAUUAGAAAAAAUUUCGAAAUCAGAGAGGCCAUCAAUUCCUGAUCAUAACAAGAGCUCUCAUGUGGAGAGUUUAAGUGGAAUAUCAAUUGAAAAAUCUGAUGGACAAGUAAAGUUUCUUAAAGAUACUAAUACGGAUUCAAAAAACGAAUUUGCAUCACAUUUUUUACCUCAAUCAGAAGUUGAUGCCAAAGACACCCACAAGUCUUUUCAAAGUAAACCUACUGCACAUGAGGCAUCUGCAGAUCUAGAAAAUGAGACAAUAUCAUACCCUUCGGAGAAAUAUGAUGUGAGCAUACUCACUAACUCUGUGGCCUUAAUUGAUAAAAAACCUAUUACAACGUCAACACCUUAUGUACAGUUGUCACAUAAGCAAACAAAGAAAAUGAAAGCUAAACAGGAUUCAGAAAAAAUUAAAUCUGUGAAAAAAACUACAAAGAGCCCAAGGAGUUCUCUAGAAUCCUCGAACUCUAGUUUAGCAAGUGAAGGAAGGAAGUCUAAAGUUCGAUCCCAAUCACCAAAGCAAGUUGCAAGAGCUUUAGAUUUGUCUAAUUCAAGUGCUUCAUCAACCGAAAGUAAAAAAGUGACCGCUAGGUCACAAUCACCAAAAUAUGUUACAAAGCAUUCCACAUGUUUCAGAGAACGUUCUCAGUCUCCAAAGCAAAUUGCAAAAGCUUCAACUUCGAAGCCAUCUUUCAGAAGCACAUCAGUUGAUUCUAAACAUUCUUGCACUGUGUCACCAAAGCGAGGAUCAAAAAAACCUAAAUCUAAAAGUGUUGUCUCUUUAGGAAAGAGCAAUGGCUUAUCUCAAAGCAACAAAAGUGAAUCUAAUUUGACUUCUAGUUCGAAGAAUAAUUCUCUGAGUAGUGAAGAGAAUGCAAGUACAUCAGCAAGUCAUAGCUUAAGUACAUCAGAAUUUGCAUCACAAAAUUCAUCAAAUCAGAUGAGUGAAGAUUCAAUAGGGCCUGCCAAGGAACAUGGUUCCCAGGAAUCAACCAGAGGGUCCAAUAUACAACUGCCAUUAAACCUUAAUACGUUGAAACCUGAAAUUGAAAAAGUCUCAGAACAAAAUAUUCAGUUUAGUUCCAAAGCAUCUUCUGUAACUUCUUCAAUAAAAUUUGGUACUGAUUCAAGUCAAUCUGCACCAGAGUCAGAAAGUGACUCCAAGACAAAAACUCCAGAUUUAAAACCUGUUUCUUCUUAUAUUCAAUAUCCAUCAGACCUUCAAAGUGAAAAUCUUACCAAAUCUGCCAUCCAAAAGGAAUCUGAUUUGGAAUGUAGCUCAAACACUGCUGGCCAAUUAAAUGCGACCGAUUCUAGACAGCAAGUACUCUCCAGGGAAAAUUUGAGUCUUGAUAUGUAUACUCAAAGGGAUUCCCUGGCAAGAAAAGUAGCAGAACUUCUUGCUGAAGAUUCAAGUCGUAAAGGAUUGUCCAGAAAGGAUGAUAGUGAAAAUUCAAGUAAAGCAGGCACACCUGAUAGUAUAGAAGAGGAUCAGAAAGAAAGAGCAAUGCGAAUACAAUAUCUCCAGGAGAACGCUCCUAAUCAAAAGCAAGAAAAGUCAUAUCCAGGGUCAGCCUCAAGCUCCUAUCAUGAUGCUCUUAGUGAUAAUGCUCAGAAUUUCCUUCAAAGGCAAACAGAAGGACAUAGACCUCUAUCCCCUCAGUCAGAUACAAGUACUUCCAGCUCUGUGCGUGCUAUUAUUGAUCGUGUCAUGACCAAAGGAUCCGAGGUUUCUUUUGACCCUCGUUUUUCUCAACAGGGUUCACCUGUUGGUAGUGUAGCCAGUGAACCCUCUGGUAGUGCGACUUCUAGACUCAGACAAAGCCAUAGUAGGUCAGAUAGAUCUGGGUUCUCAGCAAUUGACAGGUCAAGACUGCUUUCCUCAUCCGCUGGUGGCCGUGGAAGUAGUUCAUCAUUGAUCUGGGAUAGUUUUGCUGGACCUUCUGAUGCUGUAGCACCACAUGUGCCAAUUAGUUCCACUAUGAGUUCGCAAACUCCAUCAAUGGGGUUGACACAAACAAGCCAGGAAGCAAAAUCAGACACCUUAUCUCUGACUGCUGAGUGGCAAGCUAGGAAAUCCUCCCAGGUACAAAGAAGUACAAGUAGCGUGAGUGUCAGAAGUAGUGACUCACUAGCAAGUAGGGUCCAGAAACUUUUAGCAACAACUGCAUAUCUAGAUGGAGACACUAGGAAAAUGCCUCAAGAGAGUACCAGAAGGGCAAGGAUAGACAGUCAGAGUGAGGCUGAAGGUUUUUCACUUGCAAGAUCACUCAGUCCUCAAUCAGCCAAUCACCAAAACCUGCUGUCAGAACAUGGGAGAAGUAUGUCUACUGAUGAUCUUACAGGCGCUCAACACCUUGGUUAUACACAUGCUCAGAUGCAGUAUCCUGACAUGAAAAUGUCUAAUGUGAGUAUGCCAAAUGAGGGACAUUCUUCUUUACAGUUUGGACCAGAUAUUAGUCAGAAUGUUGGCUCUUAUCCAUCAUUUGAACAAGGUGGUCCUGAUGGCAUGAGUUCCAUGCUGGAAGGUGGUAGAGCACCCUCUAGGGUCUCAUCAAUUUCUGUUAGUCCAAGAAUGUCACCCCAUCCAAAUGCAGGUCCAAUUAUGUCUAGGAACAGGCAGGCAUCAAUAGGCAGUCAAGAAGACCUGGAAGGAUUAGUAAAUCGUGUUCGAAUGAUCCUUGGAACUGAUGCCCCACAAGAAAGAGUUGAGAGAAUCAUCAAAGCGGCCCUUCUAGAAGAAGGACGGCAAAGCGCAGAAUUAGAACAGUAUUAUUCAGCACAAAACCUAUCAGAAUAUUCACUGUCAGAUCAAUUAUCUGGUAGUCCUCAGCAUUAUGGGUCAGAUCCACAUCUAGCCCAACAUCAACUAGCUGGAUACCAGCAGUAUUCUCAAGGGGCUUCUUCAGGUAGUCAUCCAAAUUUGAGAAAUAUUGCUGCCAUUAGUCAUACAAGAAAUCUGAUUACAAACCAAAUGCAAAGAGCUGCUCAGAACCGGUUUGAUCACAGCAUUGAUAUUAGAGGCAUGCCAACAGAAUAUGAUAGGCAUACUCCACUACAACACCGCUCGAGCCCUCAAGUGCCUCCGUUGCGUAUAAUGGAUGAUUGGCAGAGGAGAGAGGCAUGGUUAGAUCAAGCUGAAAAAGCAGCACAGUCUGACAGGCUUGCUUAUGGAAUGCUACCAGAUAGGACCUCUCCACUAUCAAAUUCAAGAUCUCCUUCUAGAACAUCAUCAUCAAUGGCUAGCUCUCCAGAUCGAUUCUUUGCAUUAUCACCUCAACAAUCGCCUAAGAAACCGUACACUCGUGAUUCAGACCCUUAUUUUGAUUAUCAUUUGCAAGGUCCACAAGCAAGAUUAGCAAGACCUAGAGGGCGGCAGUUUCAAACAAUUGCCGCCAUGGAAAUGAGUAAACAGUAUUGUCAACGAGAGAAUGACUGGAAUGACCCUUAUCAUUAUCAGAACUCUUCAAGGCCAGGGUCAGUUCAUGAAGUUCCUAGUAGGCAUGCACACUCAUUUAGUCUUCCACAACGCCCUGUAUCUGCUGGUAACUAUGGACCAAGUGCUUUCCAUUCUGUUCCUAAAGCACAUGGUCUUUCCCGUAGAGCAAAUCCGCGUUACCAUACUGUGUCGGGAAUCGAUCCCAAUGAGUUGAUUAGGCAAACAUCUCCAUCCAUGGCAAAUUAUCCAGCGAGGAUGUCCGAGAGACCUGCAGCGUAUGGAACUCCAGUAUAUGAGCAUCUACAUCCAUAUAAGCCACCUGGCAGUGCAGAGGUCAUGUACACAUAUCCUUAUGGUAGUGAAGGUGUGGGUGUGUCAUCACCAGCACACACUGAAACAACCUUGGAGAGCACACAUCCAGGUUCUGAUGAUGCCCAACCACCUCAUUUUCCACGUCACGUCCUUGGGGAAAGACAGGAAGCACAUGAAAAGUAUCCACCAACCGGGAUUUACUCUAGCAGCCAUGUUGUUUCGCCAGGAUCUCAUACUCAUAGAUUACCUACACCUGAUAGUAAAAGCUUAGAACGUCGUGCAAAGCCACUAGCUUGGGAUGUUCCAAAAGACACAGACAAGGAGGAACAUUCACCACCAGGACAAAGACUGAAAAAGGUUGGUGGCGUAACAACAUGGAAGGAGUUGUCUCUCUCCAAAUCCAGCUCUGAGGGUGAAGAUAAAUCUGAAGAAGAGAGUGAACGAUCCGGUAAAAAAACACAGAUUAAGUCUCCUGGACAGCAGCAAGGGCAUCAAUUUAGAGAGGUGUCUGGUGGUAGGAAAAGUCGCAGAGAGGAAUCACCACAUAAACCCAGCACCUUUUUUGUAGACUUUAAUGGUCCUGAUGUUAUGGAUCCCAUGAGGCAUGGUCCCCAGGAUCCAGAGUCUGAUGCCAUGGAGGCGGAAAUGGAUAGAAUACGAAGUAACUUGGAACGUUCCAGAAGUGGGAGACCUCAUGAAGCAAGACCAGUGUACCAAUCACCUCCCUUCUCUCGUAAAGUUGGUGUGUCGGGUAAUGGCCCCACGUUACCCGGUAGCUACUCCAGACAGGUGUUGCAACAGGUAAUACAGCAAGAGAACUCGUCAGACAAUCAUGAGUAUGCCCAGGCAUGGGAUGAUUAUCAGAGGUCGAAGGUUAAGGACCAGAAGGAGCUUGAUCAACAUCAAAUAAACCGAUUGGCUAAUUUAAUACAGAACCCAGUGCAAUACUACUCUACAAGGACAUCAACUUCAACUCCAGGGUCCUCUAUCAUAGGUGAAAUAUCUGAUGAUGCAUCCAGUAUUAGUUCGACGGGAAGCAUUCCACGGAGGAGAAAAAAGUGGCGCAAGGACACAAAGUUCACUCCGAAACAGCAAUCACCUGAUGAGGCGGAUAGAAACAUUGCAGAAGAUUUGCAGCAUAAAAUAGUUGAAGAAGAGGAGAAUGAUGAAACAAACAGCUCAUCAAGUGACGAAACAAAACCGGGACAUAAAAAAGUUGACCAACCAAGCAAUGACAGUUUCAAAGCACCCAGCUCUCCAAGCGACAACAAAUAUGAUGAUAUCCUAAAAGAAACAACGCUUUCUGAUUUAAGUGUGGACUCGGAAAAACUGUAUCGGAUGCUUGGACCGAAGGGUGUAGAAAAACUCAGUUCAAAAUUGACGAAGUUGCAGCAGAGGAUUGAGAUUCAAAAGGAACAUCACAAGCGUAGGACAACCGGAAAGAAAGUGCCUCUUGCAGUUAUAGGUCCAACAAGUUCCUCAGAAUCCGAAGUCUCUAACAUUAUGUCAACAGAUUCAUCUCUUUAUGCCUCAGAGUUACACCGCGUUUCCGAGGGUCAUGAGCAUGUAGGGAGGCGAGCUUUACGCACUCACCUAGACAGGUUUCACAGGAUGCCUGAGAGGAGCAGCAGCGUGGAAUCGGAGCCAAUGUACCGUUCUAGGGCCUACCGACAGAAAUUAGGUGGUGAUGACAGUACCGAUGGUCUGACCAGUGAUGUCACUUCUGAUGCUCAAGCGGCAUGCUCUUGUCAACCGACUUCGAAACCACGUAGAUCACAAUCGUUACAUGACAGAACUUCCCGAGGUAAAGCACAGGAUCUUAGAAAGCGCGACGAAAGUCCAGGCUACGAUAGAGUUUCUGAUACUGAUGAUCAUAUGUUUCAUAAACCUUCCCGCCCUGCCCCACGUGCCAGAGAUAAGAAUCUGGAUUCCUCUGGAUCAAUUCCCGCAAAAAGGCCUAUGAAAGGUACGUCAUUCACGGUUGAUCUUGGUCUUCAAACCGAUGCAAGUAUACAAGAUGCUGCAAGAAGAAGGAAAGACAAAUCAAAAGACAAAGAAAACCAAAGAGAACCUAGAGGAAAAGAUAGAGAACCUGGGGCAAAACCAAAAACUAGAACAUCAAAAACAGGUGAAAAAGUAAAGAAGUCAAAAAUUUAUACACCUGAAUCGCCAGAUGAUAGCAGGAAGAAAGAAAAACCAAAACCAAGUUCACCACCAAAGCCAGUUGAGAAGCCAGUUGGCUGGUUCCAGCCAUUCAGUAACAAGAUGUCAUGGGUACAGGAACCAACCAAGAAAGAACCAGAUGAGAAAGUACCUGGAAAAUCUGAAGCUCCAGAUCCAUUGGCUAAGGUUAGCCUCAAGGAAGCCUUUGAAAUGCACAAGCUAAACUUUAUCUCCAAGUCCAAGGAACGUGUAAAAAAGGUUAAACUAGCUGCAGAAGAACGGCAUAUACAGGAACAGUAUGAAAAAGAACGGCUGAAAAUAUUCCAGGAAGAAAAACCAAAACAAGCAAACCCUCAUGCACAUCCACUAAGUGAGCAACUUCACUCGCCAAAACGAAGAACAAUGUCAAGGAAAGAAAUGAAAGCACAGACAGAAAAAAUAUACAGCAAUCUACCAGAAGUAAAAAAAAAAAUCGAGGUCGAAAAACGUUCCCAGGCCAACCAAACCAACAGACUGAGAGCACAACUUUAUAAGAAGAGACUAAUGGAACGGUUGAAGGGUCGACCAUGGACUGGUCCAAGUCUUUGAGAUUUAGUUGUGGCGGUCUGCUACUGAUCAUGUGAAGAAGUGGUUGAACCUUGACCAGCAAAGAGGAACCAAUUUCAGCAUCACUUGCUGAAGAACCAAGGGUUGCCAUUAUUAAGAAGAGUUUUUGCAUAUCAGGAAGAGUGAUAGAGUUGACAAGGUUUACUCAUAUGAAAGUUCAAUUGUCAGUGUAGUAUUUGUACGGUCAAAUGUCAGGAAGACUACAAGUCAUUGAGGUUCAAAUGUCAAAAAGUAAAAUGCUAGCAAAGUUCAUAUGUCAGAAACUUCAUAUUGCAACAUUAUUCAUACUGCAUGUUUGAAAAAAGGUCAGGCCAACAGGGGAAUACUGUAUGCCAAUGUUUGUACAAAUAUGCAAAUAGUGAAAUAUGUUACACAAGAGCACCUCAUAGUGGUGCCUAGAGCGACAUCAUAAUUCAUGUUAACUAGUAGUUACCAUUUUCUGAAUCUAUUCUGACAUAAGGUUAGUACAGUAUGCUCAUUCCGAGAAUGUUAUAAUGUGGAUACAAGAUAACUGAAUAAGGUUCUGUAUGUUUCAAUUUAUGAUAAAUACUCCAGUAAAUAAGUCGAUCUUGAAUUUUAUAUCUAGUAUUAUAAUUACAUGAAUACAUUACAAAUGAAUUAUAUGGAUAUGUAGUCUGAAGGUAAUGUAUUUUGCUGAUAAAAUUAACAGCAUUAAGCCCCAUUAAAGUGAUGAAAUUAUUACAAGCAUGCAUCACUUUUGUCAAAAACUCAAUAUAAUUUUUGUUUUUUGUUUUUGUUUUGUUUUUGUUUUUUUUGGAUGGGGUUUAUAUAUAUUUAUUUAAUUUAUAUGUUCUGUCUUUUUGGCUUCCAUUGCCUAUACUAGCAUUUAGUUUUGUCAUGGGAAAAAGUAUUCUAUUGUUUUGAAAGCUGAACUAAAUAAGAUUUGACAAAAGUGGUGCAUACUUUAUUAGCCAAUGCAAUGUACAUGCUAUGCUAAUACAUCAAAUUAUUGUCCGAUACUGACCAUCAGAUUGGCUUUUGUGAACAUUUUCUUUUUAAGAAAAUUUGUUGUUCGUCUUCACUUUCUAAAGGUGGUAAUCCAAUCGUUUUUUGUGGGGCCUUAGUGCUGUCAUGUAGACAGUUAAUUUAUAUUUACAAUAAAUUAAGGUCAUUAAAAAAAACUACAGUGUAAACAAAGAUGGAUUACUGUAUUCCUCCAGUGACUGCGGUAAAUUUAAAGAGAUGUUGCAUAAGAAUUUAAGUAGGUUUUUUGAAGUAUAUUGUAUGAAAAAGUCUGUAUGCAUUUCAGGGUGCUUAUUAAGGUUUGUUGUCUGUAAUUGUUUGUUUGCAUAAUUGGAGGAAUUGCUUGAAGAAAAUGAUGAUUAUCUAAUAGUUAUUUAAAUAAUUUUGGAUUUAGAAAAUAAUGUCAUUAUCUGUAGCAUUUUUAAGCUGCAAGUUUUAGGCAUGAAUGUAUUUCAAAAGUUUUGAUUUCCACGGCCAAAGAUAAAACCUUUCUGAUAUGAAUGCUGUUCAUUUUCUACUUAUCACUAUUUUGUUUGUUACUGUUUUUCAGUAAUUGUGAAAUAAAAUAGAUUCUGAAAGAAAAAUUAAUUAUUUUAUGGAAUUCUUUUAUAAAAUAAUAUAAAAAUAUAUAUCUGUGCUUCUGGUGUAUUCAAGAGCACAAUUUACUAUAUAAUCUGUUGUCAUACAGGAUAUUUGUAUUCACAAAAUUUAAACAAAAUUUAAUCUCUUCAUAUUCAUUAAGUACAAGACUUAAUAUUAAGACUUAGUAUUUAUUUUCAUUAUUAAUACAUUAAAGUAUCUCUUUAUUUAUGAUGUGUCCCCAGUUUCAUAAUUAAACUGUAACAACCCCUUAAUGUAAGAUUCUAAGGCAUCUGUUGGUUAUAUUAAUUAACUGGAGAAGCAUUGUUUAGAGCUAAAUAUUAAUGGAUGAGUAACAUAUCUUUGAAGAAUGGACCUAAUAGAUAACAAUAUUCAAAUAUACAAUGAUGGUUUAAAAAUAGACACUGUUAAGAUAUCCUGUUGUUAAAGCGAAUAUUAUGCAACUGUCAAAAUGAAAACAUAUUUGUCCUAUUGAAAGAAGUAGUUACAGUGCCAAUAGUACACUUUUGCAAUGUAACUAAAUAAUUCAUAUCUUAUUUAAACUUAGCAUGUUUUGCUAUCCACAGCAACAUUACCAAGUGAACCACCAGCAUCAUAAUUACACUUUCUGCCCUAAUGAUGGUAAUACUUUUAAGUACACUUAGAUAAGGUGAUGACUGGAAGCUAUAUGCUAAUACUUAAGUUGACUUUUUAAGAUCCACAUACACUGUAUAGAGGCAGUAAUGCCAAUAUAAGCAAGGAACUGAAUUACAGUUGAACUUGCCUAAGUCGAAUCCAAAAUGCCAUUGAAAUAUUGUUCGACUUGGAUAAAAUUUGACUUACAGAUUGUUAAUUAAUGGAAAACAACAAUUUGGCAUGUAAAGUAAGAUCGACUUAGAAGUUAUACGACUUAGGCACAGUCAACUUAGGCAAUAAUUUAAUAAGCCUAACCUAGUUUUUAAGAGGUCUGUGCCAGAAUCAUAUGCUGUUUUUGAAGGUGCUUUGUAGUUUAAAGGCAGUAGGGCUACGCUAUAUCCAGAGACUAGAAUUGGCACCUGUAAUAAUUGAGCAGUUGGACCACCUGUAUGAAGCUACCACGUGCACAGAUUUAGCACCUGCUUACUAGCAUGGUUUAGACCACCUGUAUGGAGCUACCAAGUACUGUACACAUAUGUAGCACCUGCUUACUGCCUUGCUGAUGAUGUAGCACCUGCUUACUAACAUGUAGAUGUGUUGACUCACAUGUACGGAGCUACCACAUGCACAGGUAGCACCUGCUUACAAUCAUGCCAAUGUAACCACCUGUGCAGUUACACAUGCACCGAUGUAGCACCUGCUUAAUGGCAUGCUGACGUCUUAAGAGGGUUUCUGGUUCUAUGGUGUCUUGUAGAGAGGUUUACAGUAGACAUUCGGCCUGAUUACUUUCUGUAAAUCAAUGAUUAGUCAAGCAGUAAAUAACCAUCUCAGUGGUAGAUGGUAGUAAGGAAUACUGUACAUUUAAUUAGCUGGUACAGUGGAAUACUGUGGAUGGAAUCAAACAGCUGUCCUCCAAAAUGGUACCAGAAUGUUAUCAGCUAGUAUCUAUAGAUUCACAUUCAGAAGUCAUGUCGAUAAAGAGGAGUGACCAUAUGAACUCUAGCACUUGUCAAUUGGUGAACCUAGAAGGUACUGGAGAACGAGGGAGUAUCUCCUAGAUGAUGGCAUAAAAGACUAUGCCCUAGAUACUAUGGAGUACUUAAUAAUAAAAAGGUGUGCCUUCCAGAUGGCCCUUUCAACUGCUUAGAUCAUUGCUACAACCUCUCUUUGAUGCCAUAUCAAUCUAUCUAACAUAGAGUUGUGUCUUACUGCAACAUCUACAGUAGUAGCUGUGGACUUUGGUAAUGUCUGGUAGUUGAUUCGUUAUGCCAUGACACACCAUAUGCUCCAAGAUUGAUGUGAUUAUGGUUCAUUUUCCAAUAUUUAAUCAAAUACUUUAUCAACGUUAACUCAUAUUCGAGUUAGUCUAGUAGUUUACCAAAAGUGAAAACAGUAUACAGUAAUAACAUUUCUUGAUAUAGGCCUAUGCCCUCAUCAGCAAAGUAGUUGUUGGUUCAUUGACUUAUCCUAACCCUAAAAAUAGGCCUACCAUUAUGUUCUUAACUGUUACUACUUGAACUGACAAAACACUGUGCAAUACCUGAAUUUGUAAUUACUUGUGAUUAUCGUGUUUUUUUUUUUUCCUGAAAUACUGAGCUGAUUUUGUAAUAAAGAUAAACUCACAUUCGUAAAAUAUUCAGUCGACUUGCUCUCGCGAUCAGACCACAACUACUUUUUAUAAAUGAUGAAAUUAAUAUUUAUUUUUAUUGGGUUUUUUUGUUCAAAUGCUGAGCUGAGAUAUGUUAAGUUACUGGUGUUUGCGUACCUCUGUGUAUAUUUAGAAUAUUUUUCUAUUUUGUUGCCUCUAUUGUUUUGUUAAUACACACCAGUACUAUUUUCUUCUACUGUAUAAUUUAUUGUACUACAUUUCUGCUAUUAUUUUAUUUCAGAUAGGUUAGUUAUGCCAUUUACUGUAUGUCUAUAUUUUGUUUAAAUGGUAUUUAAUUGGCACAUUUUGCCCACUUGUAAAAAGAAAUCGCUUUUGAUUUUACCAGAAAAGUUAAUCUGACAUGUUGUAAAUAAUAUACUUACGGCUUGACUGUACCGAAUUAUGAUAAUUGUAAAUAUUGGUUCAAUUUAUGCCCUUAUUCAGUUUGCCUUUGUAUAUAAAUAGAUUGUUAACAUUUUACUGUUUUUUGAUUUCAUAAAAACGGAUACUGGUCGUGUGCUGAAUGAAAUAAACUGAAUAUACUAUGAUAAGUUAUUAA